CAGAAGAAACCCAUUUUCCUGUCUCGUUUGUCUGGUCCCUAGCGUGUCACCCCCGCUUGAGAUAUAAACAAAUACCCGUCCGUCCAUUCAAUAGUACUUUCCCAGUGGUUAGUGACUUGUUUUAGGAGCUAUACCAGUGCUACACUACUGUCGCUGCAGAUAAAUUCCACCCCCGGCUUAAAAUUCCACUUCUUUCCUCUUCCUUGUUUUCCCCCUUGUGCUUUCUCUCUUAUCUCCUACCAAUUCCCGCCCCUUCCAAUUGUUUUCCUCUCCCCAAGCGUUCUUGUAUCUAUCAUCUUCUCUCCAUCUCUGGCUCGAUUUAACGUCAGAUCCCAUCCGUUCAUACUGUCCUCAAAAUUAUUGAAUACCGAUCAAUUGAGGACCUUAUACUAUCCAUACAUACACACCACCACUGCCACCCCCAUCCGUCAACCAUUAAUUAUGUUGCCGAUCCUGUUUCUCUCCACUCUGGUAGCCUCCGCCGCAGCAGCUACUACUGCCAGCAACUACACCUUCCCUGAUGGAUUCGAUUUAAACCAGGUGAAGCAGGGAGACAAAUCUGCCUGGUGUCUCGCCGAGCGGAACGCCUGCCCAAAGAUCUGCGGCGGAGUCGCGGAGAAGAACACUUGCGAUUCGCAAACUCUUGAGUUCACUUGCACAUGCUCCAAUGGCACUGAUGCCGAUGUCGCGCCUUAUGCGCAGACCAUCCCUUUCUAUGUUUGCCAGGAGAAUUAUAGGCAAUGCAUUCAGCGCUCAACUGACCUGGACGGCGACGAGAAGUGUAAGAAAGCUCAAAGCCAGUGUGGCUCGAAGAAUGUUUCAGAUGCCUCUGGUACAUCUGCAUCGACUACUACGGCCACAUCUUUGCCCAAAUCGACUGGCUCCUCGGGAUCUAGCAACCACGAAACCUCAUCCACUGGCACCGCCACGAGCAGUGGUAGCACAAGCACAACGACCCCUAAUGCUGCCGUGGGCAUGGCCCAAGACCAUGCGACUGGAAUUCUGGCAACGGUGCUCUUCUUGGGUCUCCACCUCGUUCUGUAGGGUGGUAGCUUCUGAUUGCACGGCCAUGGCCUGAUCAGAAUUUGAUCAUGACACACGCGAUUACAAUCAUUUCCAAAGAAAAGCCCCGCUUGAUCUUGAUUUCUCGUUUAACCCUCUAUUCUUUGCGUCUAUAUGACUUACCGUGCAUCGUACUAUUCCCCCGUUCUUCACGCCACGGUUAAUGAGCUGUGUUAUGGUUUUGUGCAUGCGUUUGGUCGUUCCUUUACGAUUCUAGUCGACGAUACUCCAUAUGGAAGAAUAAUAGUCCUUCUUUGAUGUUUCGUACAGUUUCGAUAGUAGAUACACAGUAGUGGUAGGGUGAAAAGUAAGGCAAAAAUCUACUUCGUGAUCGUCACUAGUAUAAACGCUGAUC